AUCGACCCUAUCGAAUACCUGCCUCGAAAACAUCAGGACUAUCGAAUGUGACUGCUGCACGGCAUAAAAAAGUUGAAUUUUCAUUUUUUUUUUGCGGAACCGCGAGCCCCCGAGCCGAGCCACCAGCCAAAGGACUGUCGAGCGAGCCCUAGCACUGCGCUGACCCGGUGAACGACAUACGACGCUGUCCCCCCGCCCCGUCAACGCCAGCAGUCCGAUUCACCGCUUCCCCGUCGCCUCGGCUGCCGCCAUCCUCCGGGUGAAGAUGUCCGACUUCAGCGACCUGGACCGCCAGAUCGAGCAGCUGAAGCGCUGCGAGAUCAUCAAGGAGAACGAGGUCAAGGCCCUGUGCGCCAAGGCGCGCGAGAUCCUGGUGGAGGAGGGCAAUGUGCAGCGUGUGGACUCGCCGGUGACCGUGUGCGGCGACAUCCACGGCCAGUUCUACGACCUGAAGGAGCUCUUCAAGGUCGGCGGCGAUGUGCCCGAGAAGAACUACCUGUUCAUGGGCGACUUUGUGGACCGCGGCUACUACAGCGUGGAGACGUUCCUGCUGCUGCUGGCGCUCAAGGUGCGCUAUCCGGACCGCAUCACGCUGAUCCGCGGCAAUCACGAGUCUCGCCAGAUCACCCAGGUGUACGGCUUCUAUGACGAGUGCCUGCGCAAAUACGGCUCGACGGCCGUGUGGCGCUACUGCACGGAGAUCUUCGACUACCUCAGCCUGUCGGCGAUCAUCGACGGCAAGAUAUUCUGCGUGCACGGCGGCCUGUCGCCGUCCAUCCAGUACCUGGACCAGAUCCGCAGCAUCGAUCGCAAGCAGGAGGUGCCGCACGACGGGCCCAUGUGCGAUCUGCUGUGGAGCGAUCCGGAGGACCAGACCGGCUGGGGCGUCUCGCCGCGCGGCGCUGGCUAUCUGUUCGGCUCGGACGUGGUCUCCCAGUUCAAUCGCACCAACGAGAUCGACAUGAUAUGCCGUGCGCACCAGCUGGUGAUGGAGGGCUUCAAGUGGCACUUCAACGAAACUGUCCUCACCGUCUGGUCGGCGCCCAACUACUGCUAUCGCUGCGGCAAUGUGGCUGCCAUCUUGGAGCUCAACGAGUACCUGCACCGCGACUUUGUCAUCUUCGAGGCGGCUCCGCAGGAGAGUCGCGGCAUACCCUCGAAGAAGCCCCAGGCGGAUUACUUCCUCUAAGACGGGCGCAGUCGCCACUAGCCGCUCCGGCUUCGCCGACGGACGCGAAGCGGUGCCACAGGAUACAAAGGGAAAUUUACAAACUGCCAGCCUGCCUAAGCAAAGCACACACGAACCGCAACUGCAGGGUGCAGGGAGAAACAUUUGUAACAUAACACGUAAGCUAGGAUAUCAAACGGCGGCCAGCGACAGACUGCAUGUGCAUCCCGCGCAGCCAGACACAGUUCCACAUUCAGUUUUACACACCUUUUGCUAGAUAUCUUACAUAUAUAGUUUUUUUUUUUUUUACCAUCAUUUUACCUCUGUGUUUCAUCCGCAAUUCGCGUUCUUUCGAUGGCUGUUUGUGCUGUUGCGUGUUCCGUGUUCGUCGAAGAGAUCAACAUCAUCGUGGAUCGCGCAUGCCAAGUGCGCGUUGCAUCUAGCUACUAACUAAUAGGAUUAAUGACCCUUCUCCGAGGCUCCUCCGAACUCGCCUGGCGCAGACGCAACCGUAACUGCCGUCUCCUCGACGCGAAUUCCCCCGAGAUAGGUCGACUUACUAUAUACACUUACGCGUAGGUUAAAGCAAUAAGCUAUUGUGGCCGACGGACUGCUUGAAGUCGGCAGAGUUAGAAAGGAAUUAGGAGGAAGUGUGUUAGGUCGGCAAUGUGUUUACUGAUUUCAAAACGACUUUGCAGCCAGAGAGCCGCUGUAGAAGAGACCAGAUGCGAGGAAAAUCUUCUGUAGUAAUUCGUAGUGUAUAAGAAGUUUUAAGUACGCCCCAGAUUGGGAUAUUAUAUACGAGUAAUUAUAUACUUAUAUUUAAAAUAAAGAAUGUAAGCUGAGGUCGAA